AUGGGCGACGGGGGUUACCCCUACAGCGAGGACAGCAGCCUGGGGAAGCAGUACAUGAACACCAGGUGCCCGGCCUGGUGUGACCGCAUCCUCAUGUCUCCCUCCGCCACAGACCUGGGCUUAAAGCUUGAAAACGAGGAGAAGUCUGUAGUGUACGACAACAUCGGGCCCAAUGUCUGCAUGGGGGACCACAAGAAGUUCCGUUUUAAAUAUAAUACAUAA